CAGUAUGUAACUAAUUACUUGUUUACAGUUUAGCAACAUUCUGAACAGGGAUGUGAUGUGAACUGAUCUCCCUAGCAAAAUGUGACUGUUUGGGAUGUUUUGUGUUACAAUUGAAACCUUGCCAUUUGCUUCUUAGAACCUGUUGUGCCUUGCCUGUAUUAUAGUGGAUCGCCGACUGAUGCAGCCUUUGUAGCUAAUACUCUAGCAACAGCAUAGAAAGAUGUAGCUGUGUCGCUAGGCUAGUAGGUAAAAGAGACUUGAUCCUGCUUUCAAACUUGGAAGCACCCGUCGCCUCUGGCCCAGGAGGGUAAUGUCGACUUUGCCAGUGCACAAUAGCGGCAGUGGCACUGCUGCUGCUGCUAUUGGGGCUAGCAAAAGUCCACAGCACGCUGGUCGCAGGACAUUACCACCGCUGAACCACAGAGUGGACCGUGCCGGCGGCCGCAGUCGACUACUGAAAUCGCCUCGGGCCCAGGACGCAAGCCAAGCGCUGGAGACCGGUGCACUACUGGCGCUGAUUCGCGACUUUCCCAGAAUGAUUGAGCCGCACGGUGGUCUGUCGUACCCGCUGGCGGACAGACGACGUGCCGGCCUGGGAUCUGAAAACAAGACCGGCGAGACGUGGAAGGUGCACAGCCGUCUGAUGCAGCGAAUCACACCAGAGCUACACACCUCAUGGCAACUAGCCAGGCAGCAAGCGUAUCUACAACUGCAAUCAGCUGUGCUGGAGAGCUAUCUACGCGUGGAGGAGACACGGCAUCAGCUGGAUGAACUACUUGUGCUGGAGAGAAAACUGUUUGAAAAGCUGAGAGGCCGGGAGCAGACGGGAAAGUUUUAUCCGCAUCCGCUUGGAAAUAUCGCACCGGCUAUGGAUUCGGUGUGUGACGCGAGUAGCGUACUGAAUCAGCUGCGCAGUGUAUGCAAUGACAAUCCAUCACUGGCAUUGGAAAAGCACGAUCUGUGGAUGAGACUGUUACCGACUCGCCAAGUACUGCUGCGAUCGGCUGUGCAUUGCGUGGAGCAGGGCCGCUCGCUGCUGGAGUGGAGACUGCGCGUGCUGGUCGUGCUGCGGGACAAGAAGGACGAGGGCAAGCAGUGGCGACAGUGCGUGUACGUCAGCAUGCAGUACGUGGAGCAGUUCAACCGCCAAUGCCAGCACUGGGAGAGAGCGUUUGCCGACCUUCUGCGCGACAAUGGCGUGAGCAUCCAGAGCGAGUGCUUCAAGCCCAUCUCGUUCGCAUGCUUCGUGUCGUCGGUCAGUUCGACGUUUGCUGAACAGCUAGGAAUGCAGAUUGCUAGCUCGGUGUAUGAUGACUUCUGGGAGAAAACCGCCGCCCGUCUGCCGAACAGAGAGGACAGGGAUAACGCGCACAAUGAUAGCUUACUGGCGCUGGACCGAUCCGCGAUAGUGUUUGCUGCCGAGGUGGUCAGCAUUGCAUCGUGCUUGCCGGUGCUGUUCAGUCGCUGGAGCCCGAGCACAAACGAGGGCAUGGAUGACGGCAAGCUUAAGGACCAGGUGUUCGCGCUCAUCGACCGAGUACUUGCGGCCGUGUACGAUGAACUCGUAGCAGAGCAGACCAGAGUCGAAAAGCACACAACCAACAAACGCAAGUCCACUCCGCCAGUUUGGAAUACCUCUUCGGGCCGAAGCAGCCAGGCGGGCAACACCUCCACGCGCUCCCCGGCAGCGGACAUGGUGCCACGUCCGGCCCAGCAUAUCAUGCAGGUCAUGGUGCUACACCUGACAGUGGCCAUGGUGCAGCCGGCUGCAAACACGCUGAGGCGACACUUUGCGGCGCAGCUGGACGGCCGGAUAGCACGGCGCCUUGUACAGCUAUCAUGGCUGUCGAAUUUGAGAACGGACGGCAAUAUUCCUCGGUCUGACUCACUGCGGCCGGUGUCGAGAGCUUGGGAUACACUUCUGACGUGGCUGGAGUUGCAGCACCUACGCCAUCUCACUGAUAGAGGGUUGAGUCAGGCGGUGGUGCGCAACACGGAGCUCACGAGUCGCCUGAAGUUGAAUGCUGCCACUAGCUGGAGCCAUGCACUACUUCCGGCAGUUUAUGAAAUGACCCGGCAAAGAGACAACAGCGCAGCAGAGGACUCGCCACUCAGCACGGUCCAGUUGUUCUUUCGCCGGCAUGACAUCAGAACAACGACAGCCGCAGUGGAAGGUGCGAUUGGACCAGCAGACCCGGGCACGAGCGAAGGCGUCAAGUUCAGCAAUUUUGCAACAGUUCACCACGAGUGCUUGGAAUCGUUGAUGAACCAGGCGCUGUCCUGUGUGGACAGGCGUCAUCCGGCAUACAACCUUCUGAGCAGCUCGGUUGCCGCUCGGAGAUUCGCAUGCAACCUGCACCAGCUGAGCAUGCAGGUGAUACAGCACGUGGACAGGAGCAUGCAUGGUUUGCUGAUCACGCUGUUCAACGACGGCACUCUGCCUCCGCUGCUGGUCACGGUGCACAGCGAUCUACCCUGGAUUGCCCACGCAUUGCAACGUACCGUCACAGGCUUACACGGCAGUGGUUCCGAGCAGCACACGAUGAUCAUGGGUAGGCAGCAGCUGAAUGAAAUCGGUGAAGCUGUGCGCAGCUAUGCGGCUGCUGUCGGCAAAGCACAGAGCGAAUUUGACGGGCUCCUACAGCGGGCGUCGCUCACGUUCUGGAGUGAUGCUCUGCCGGCGAAGGAAACUUGGAAGAAAUCACCACGAGGUGUAAAGCAAUGGAAGUCGGGACCAUACAUACAAUCCAGCAUAGGCAGUCUUUUAACACCCUGUGUUGAUGCAUUGCUCGGUCAGCCACUUGAAGGACAGCGACGAGGUAUGAUUCUCGUCCUGGAGAAUCUCCUGCAGUCGCUGGAGUCCCAGAUUCAGCAGACCAGUGGCAUCAAGUUCAGUGCUCAUGGGGCAAGGCAAAUGGAAGCCGACAUUGACACGUUGAAGUCGUGGCUGGUCAUGCCGGAAAGCCACUUGGACUCGGUGGUCGGUAGGGCAGUGGCCGGUGCCCAGGUGUUCGGCCGGUGGCAGCGCAACCUCAGUCUCUUAUCCUGGCAGCCAGGCACGAACUACAGCUCUGAUUUCGCACCACAAGGAGUUGACCGGCUGCUACCAGCAGCACCCGCUCAGCGAGGCUCGGCGUUUUCAGCACCCCACCGCAAUCGCAUUGCACCGAUGCCAAUGGCGGAAGAGACUGACGGCGGGCGGCAGAGCAGUCCGGGCGACGACGAAAAGGACAGGGAAUGGCUGAAGUACCGCCUGCACGGCGAGGCAAAGGCCAAGUCCAGAGCCUGCGUCAUACUGUAGUACAGGCAGUGCCAAAGCGAGCAACUCUGCUCUCAUACCUGCAUGUUCUGACACAGCUUUCCAUGGACACAUCACAAGUAGACACGAGUAUGCCAUAUUGCUGCUCUAAGUUUCCAGGUCUUGAGACAAAGUGCAAUUUAAAAUUAUUAUUUGUUGAGCAGGCAACCAGCAGUAAUCCAUGGGCUUCUUGAGUUGGCGAAAGACGGAAACCCUUUAGAGCCCGUUGCAUGUAUUUCCCAGGGCAGCUUUGAGUUGGAAUGAUGUUGAGAGGCGCUUCGAUUAGAUUUUCCUAGGUAUGCUGCACACGUAUGUGUAUGGUAGGGCACGCUGCUAGGUCUAUGUGAGGACACGCUUAUUGUAGGGCUCUCUCUCUCUCUCUCUCUCUCUCUCUCUCUCUCUCUCUCUCUCUCUCUCUCUCUCUCUCUCUCUCUCUCUCUCUCUCUCUUCAGAGUUAUGGUGUGAUCUGAUGUUUGAUGGGAAAUCAGUUCUUUAUAUCAGUGUUCAUUCUCCCAGGAUCCUCUUUCAAUGAAAAAGAAUUUCUUUCAAGUUC